UCUGCGGCUCCAUCCCCGGCCUCGUCCCCAAGCAGCUCCGCUUCUGCCGCAACUACAUUGAGAUCAUGCCCAGCGUGGCCGAGGGGGUGAAGUUGGGCAUCCAGGAGUGCCAGCACCAGUUCCGGGGCCGCCGCUGGAACUGCACCACCAUCGAUGACAGCCUGGCCAUCUUCGGGCCGGUCCUGGACAAAGCCACGCGAGAGUCUGCCUUCGUCCACGCCAUCGCGUCGGCGGGGGUGGCCUUCGCCGUGACCCGCUCCUGCGCCGAGGGCACGUCCACCAUCUGUGGCUGCGACUCCCACCACAAAGGACCUCCAGGAGAUGGCUGGAAAUGGGGGGGAUGCAGUGAGGAUGCCGACUUCGGCGUGCUGGUGUCCCGGGAAUUUGCAGAUGCCCGAGAGAACCGGCCGGACGCCCGCUCAGCCAUGAACAGACACAACAACGAGGCCGGCAGGACGACCAUCCUGGACCACAUGCACCUGAAGUGCAAGUGCCACGGUCUCUCGGGAAGCUGCGAGGUCAAGACCUGCUGGUGGGCCCAGCCCGAUUUCCGGGCAAUCGGUGACUACCUGAAGGAUAAAUACGACAGCGCCUCCGAGAUGGUGGUGGAAAAGCACCGGGAAUCUCGGGGAUGGGUAGAAACUCUCAGGGCCAAGUACGCUCUUUUCAAGCCACCGACGGAGCGGGAUCUGGUCUACUACGAGAACUCCCCCAAUUUUUGUGAGCCCAACCCAGAGACGGGCUCCUUUGGGACCAGGGACAGAACGUGCAACGUCACCUCCCACGGGAUCGACGGCUGUGACCUGCUGUGCUGCGGUCGUGGCCACAACACCAGGACUGAGAAACGGAAGGAGAAGUGUCACUGCAUCUUCCACUGGUGCUGCUACGUGAGCUGCCAGGAGUGCGUACGCGUCUACGAUGUCCACACCUGCAAGUAAGCGUAGGGAGGUCUCCAGCCGAUGGGAGGUUGCUCCAGAGCAGGGCCGAGGGGUCCAUCAACCCUGUGAUCAGCCCCACCCCCCAUCCCCCUUGGUGGCCUCACACUUCAGAGGAUGGCAUUAAAAAUAACUCCAGUGCCCUUGGUCAGGGCAGACCCUCCCACAGCCUGUCCCAGUGCUGCGGAGGAGGCUCUCAGCAUCUCACCCACGCAAGGGGGUCCAAGGCUCAACCUGGUGCUGCAGACAUGUUAGAUCCUGGUUUGCUGGCUUCUCUCGGGCUGUUCAGGGUGACAGACUGUGGAGAAGCAGGGAUGGCAGAGGUCCCAGUGAGGCACAGCCAUGACACAGCAUCCACAGAGCCCUGUCCUCCUCUGGGGUUGUGGCCCAUGUAGAUGUCAAUAUGGGGGUUCAGGUGGAAAUUAAUUUUAUGGGAUGAAAGCUGAGCAGGUAGAGGCUCCCCUGCCUGCUGGCAUGGCCAUUGUGCUCUCAGACAUGGUGAGGAGGAGGAGGAAAGGAGCCAGGUCCCCACACCAGCCAGGCUCCUUCCUCCUGCUCCAAGGAGAUCAGGUUGGAGAAACAAACAUGUUGGAGCAGGAGAACAGAGCCCUUCACCCUGUCCUGCCUCUCACCUCCCCUUUGCCAUGUCUACCCCUCACCACCCCAAAUCAUCUCAAAGGACCCCCCUGAAGAGGGUGGCAGGAAAAGAGAGCCUGGAGCGCAUCCUCUGGCUUUUGGCCCAGGGAAGGAGCAGAGGGCAUGUGGUGAGGUGGACACCUCUGACACAGGGACACAUCACCACUCCAGGGGCCUCCUCACCACGCAGCUGCCCAAGGGGGAUUUUAAAGGAUCUGGGCAGAUCCUUCCAGCACCUAUUCACUAAGAGUUCCCCAAUACGACUUCACGUCCCAGGGCGAGCUCAGAGCAUCUGUUUGGGGACAGGGCGCCCACCAGGUGAGCUGCUGCCACACCAGCCCUGAGCAUCAGCAACAGAUGGGGAGACAGAAGCCAUGGCAAGAAGAAAUCCCUG